AUGAUGAUCCUUUCAGAAUAAUGAAGUUACAAACUUUUUUGUCGAGGCGAAUUCUCUAUUUUGAUCACUUUGUAUGAUUGGUAAGUGCUAUACUUUCAUUUUUUGCUGUAGAAUUAUAGCUGUGAUUACUAAGUUCAAAAAAAAAAAACUUAUUUGGCGAGUGUGGUUUUUAUUUGGAGUAAUUUAUGGUUAAGUGUGUGUAAUUGAUGCUUUUUAUUUCCUGUUCUUUUACAAACGUCAUUGUCAAAUCGUGUGGGCAAUAAAUAAGUGAAACAUUUAGUUUGUCAACAAAUAAAUGAUACAUAUUUAAGUGCAUGAGGUAUGAUUGGUGUAUUAUCUUCUUUUUUCUUAUACAGUUUGGUGUGUUAUCUUAUUUCAUCUUAUAAAUAAAUAAAAUCUUUCAGGCUCCAAUUAGCUAUAUUUAACUUAGUUUGAAUUAUUUCACUGGCUUCUUUCAAGCCUUCUUAAGAAAAUACCAAGAAUUAUUAUCUGAAAAACCUGAGUAGAGUAGAACAUUGAUUAAUGAAUUGUUUCAAGACUUGGAGAUUUUCAAAACCUGAGUUAUUUCUUCAUGGUUCGUUAUUAUUGGCUUCCCGUAUAUUCUGAUUAUGACAUGCACUCCUAGCUAUUUCUUCAAUCCUUUGCAGAAAAAACUUUCAAGAAAAUGAUCCGUGAAGAAAACCCUAAUUAGAGCAUUUAUCUGUGAGUAUCUUUGCAUAGAUCAGGGAUUAUAUGUUCUAUGAAAAAAAAUUGGUUAAAAAUAAUAGGUUUCUAACUCAAAACAAAGUAAUAAUUAGUAAUUCUAUUUUUUUUUACUUCAUUCCAUCAAUACUAUUAAAAGAGAAGGAGUCCUAAAAAAUCUACUUAAAUAAGGUUGUUAGACUAUUUUAUUAGAUUUAAUUAUUUAUUUGGUCUUACCUUAUAUUUCUCUAAGUAUAUAAAUAGUUAACAUAAUUUAAAUGAACUCAUUUAUUAUUCUUCCAUAAUCUAUUAUAUAAUUAUUCUAACAACAAAUCUCCAUAAAUAUAUGACAGAUUAUUCAAACAUGUUUACACAUGAAGUGAUCAUUACCACAUAUAGUUCCAUUCAGUAUAAUUUUUUUAAUGGUUUAGUUAUGUUUAAUAGGGUAUAUAAUUUGUAUUUUAAAAAAUUAAGUAUUCAUUUGAUCCUUAAUUCGGUUUCUAUUCAUAGAUAUAUGAUAUGCUCGGUUAUUUAUGGAAUUUAGCUUAACUUUAGUUUUUUUUCUUCAGUUUGGUACAGUUUAGUGCACCCGGAUAAAUAUAUCCAGAUCUAUACAUUAUCUUAUAUAGAAAUUAUAUAAGAAAAAUUUAUUUAAUUUGAAAAAUAAACCCGCGUUUUUUAAGCGCGGAUCAAAAUCUAGUUGUUGUUAAUACAUUAACGUAUAAGUUCUAUUUUUUUUUUUUUAAAUCAGAGAUAAAGGAUCACUUCGUAUGAUUGGCAAGUGUUGUACUUUUAUUUUUUGGUUGUAGAAUUAUAGAUGUGAUUAUCUUUGCUUUGGUUUUAGGUUUUUAAUUCUUAAGAGUCAUUAAAUUUGAGCUAUAAGUAUUUAUCUCUUCAGAGCAAUUAUAAUAACAUGAUUUUAAAGAAAAGCUGAAAAUUUAUUAUAAAUUGCUGUGAACGUUAAAAAGUGAUAAAGCUUGAUUGCUUUUGAUUGAGUGUUGUGAACUUAAAUGGUAUUGUCUAAAGCUCCCACAGCUGGUACCAUUCAUCCUCACUAUUUGCAUUCUUUACAGAAAACGUUUUUGUAUGUAUGAUAUUCUAUUGAUUAAUAUGUCAAAAUAUACAUAUUUUAACAAAAACAAUCAGUAGCUUUUAACUCAAUAUAAAUUAGACAUUAGCAAAGUAACCCCACAUUUAAGUGUUGGAUCGUCUUAAUUUUAGUAACUAUCUCUAGUUUUAAAGAAUUUUGUUAACUCUAUAAAUUUUCUUUAACAUAUCACAUGUUUGAUUAAUUACAUAAAAUUACUUUAUAGUACGAUUAAAAUAUUGCAACCAACACAUGCACAUUUCUCGAAUUAUUACAAUUUACAAUAACCAUCUAUUGCUUAGAUUAUGAUAAUGAUGUAUAUUAACUUUAACAAUAUUAACUUCAUCCAAAGCAUACACUAUCUCGCCUUUUUAUUGGAUUCAUGUGCAUGCAUGUGAACAAACUUCCUUAUCAGUAGUACUUAUUACUACAAAUUUAUAAUUGAAAUCUGACUCGUUAGAUAUAUAAUAUAUUCUAUAAUUACUUCUUAAGGGUUAGUUACUAGCUGGUUUUGUUUGUGUUUAGCGAAAAGCUGGAGUAUUUAAAUGUACAAUGUUGUUGACCAUUAUCAAAAGAAAAGUAAUGACCCUAAUAGAAAACGAAAGGACAUGUAUAACAAUCUUAAAUAUUGAUUUGUUACGUGUUGGUUGCCGCAUAACGUGAUUUAGUUUCUACAGAAAUAACACAGCGUUACAAAUUACAAUAUCCACCAAUAACAACAUGAACAAAAUAUAUCAUGAAUAGCAUUUAACCAAAAUUGUGUAUAUAACGUUUUCAUUUGACUUGUGUAUAUCGACUUUCUGAAUAGCAUUUGACGAAAAUCAAAUAUACAUCUAUGUUUGCACGUUGGUAAAUAAAUCAAAAAUAUGAUCAUUAGUAUCUUUCCAUUUGGGGUCAAAUAUCCAAUUAAUAUAUACAUAAUUACUAUGUCUGUAGCUAUUACAUAAUAAUUCCCUGAACUUCAGUUCUUUGACGCCUACAAACUUUACCAUCUCAAAAUCCAGGCGCAGGUUCGGUGAUUAAAGUGCUGCCACGGUAAUUUCCGUCGAAGAACAAAAUAAGCAAAUGAAUAUAAAACUUGAUUGUAAAAACUAUCUCAAACAAAAACUAUUGAGAUCCGAUGUUUGGGUACGAAUGAAGUGGAUUAUACAUCAAUCAAGGAAGAUGAUAUAUAAAACAAUUGAUCCUCAGUGGAAAUACAUCGGAUCUUGCAAAAGAGAAAACAAAAGUCUGCAUUACGUUUAUUUUUAUUAUUUUAUAACCUCUCGUUUUGCUAAUACCUGUUAACGAAAGAAAGAAAAGUUAUAAACAUGACAAAACAUCUAAUCUAUAACGUAUUACGUUUAGACAAAGUCUAAGUUAAAACAAUUAAACCUUACAUGAAAAAUCUGGCAGAGAAAACAUUUAACUACUUUUUAGCUUUUUUGUUCCAUAUAAUUAACACGUUUGUAAAGAAUAGUGUUCUUCAUUUCCCUAUUAAAUGAUACCAUUUCCAAUUAUUUUUGUGAUUCUUUUUUAUUACAAGAGUUAUGAACUUAAGCCCAUAGUUUUGUUAGACCAGAAACAAAAGCUAGUUGUUUAAUUUUCUCUUUGCACAUGUUAAAACUCGAAUUUAGCACAUAUAUCUUUAGGAUAAAUGGCUAGAGGUAACAACUCCGGAUAUGAUUAUCUCUUAUUCCUUUAAACAUUCACAAACCAUGUCAUUUGAUCAAAGGUUUAACAUUGUAACACAUGUAACUUUACAGAAAAUUUUUCUUUCCAACUUUUUCUUUCUUUUCAGAAUAUACAUGUAACUUUACAGAAAAUUUUCUGAAGAGAAUUACUUAUUAUGUGAAACCGUUUACUGUAUUUCAUAAAUUCGAUUAGUUUGAUGUAAAAAAUAUACACUUAUUUUUAGUAGAAAAAGAUCAAAAAAAAUGAUGGAUUGAAGCUUCUUUGUAACUAAUCGCAAUGUCUUUCGCCUAUACCAAUUCUUAUUAUUUUACAAAAAAAAAAAAAAAAAGAUCAAAAAAAGUCUAGAGAUGUAAGGUAUGAGAAAAAAAAAUUCACAAACCAAAAGUGUUGAUAUCUAAGUUAUGUCUCUUAUCUCAGGUGCCUGCACCUGUCCAUGCUAACCGACCAUCCUAUUCCUAUGCUAUUCCCAAAAAUGAAAAUAAAAAAACUUUUGGUGUGGAUGGCACUCAGUCUCACACUCAUAGAUUUACAAUCAAAUCUACAUAAACCAUAAUAAAAAAAAGUACAAUCAGAUAAAUGACAGAAGCUCAAAUAUAAAAUUAAAUAACCGUACUCUUAAAUCUCCAACACUAUUAUCAUAUUAUAAAACUAACGUUUCACAUGUGUAUAAGUAAAGCUAAAGUGAGAGUCUGAACCAACACUCGCCCAAAGAACACUUCUUUUCCUCUGUUCCUCUAUCCUUUUUUUUUUCACAGAGUCUUCCUUUCAACUCUGUUUUUUUUUUUUCCUUUCUUCUUGGAAAUGGGGAAUUGUCAGACGAUAAACGCCGCGGCGCUGGUUCUACAGCAUCCCGGAGGCAAAAUCGACAGGUACUAUAGCUCCAUCUCCGUGAGCGAGAUCAUGGGUAUGUACCCUGGCCACUACGUGUGUCUCAUCAUUCCUUUGACGGAGGAGGAAGAGAAGAAUAUUCCGGCGACUGUGAAGAGAGACCAGAAGAAACACAAGAAGGGUGUGAGGUUUACACGUGUCCAGCUUCUCAGGCCGACGGAGAGUCUCGUGCUUGGUCACGCUUACCGGCUCAUUACUUCCCAAGAAGUGAUGAAGGUCUUAAGGGAGAAGAAGUGCGCGAAGACGAAGAAGCACCACGCUGAGGCGAUGACUACGGUGAAGAAGUUGUUGGAGAAGAAUGUUCCGGAGAAGAAACAAGGGAAGCAGCAUCGUGCGCUAACGAGUUCAGCUUCUUUCUUAAAGUCCAAAGCAUGGAAGCCCUCUCUUCAGAGCAUCUCCGAAGCUACCAGCUGAAUAAUCCGAAACUGUUCUGAAUAAAUUUUGGAUCUGUUUCCUUUUUUUGUUUCUGGUUAUAACAGAGGAUGAAGUCUACGGAUCAAGAUAUGCAGAAAUAAGUAGUGGAUAGCUUCCUAUACAAAGAAGGCUCAACAAAGCUUCUUUCUUCUUUUUUUCUCUAUCUACGAUGUACAUAUUUUCGCAGAUGGAGAGAUCAAUCGAAGUUUGUAAGACUCAGAACCAAACGUGUGGUUUUUGUUGAUGUAAACUCGAUUUCAGAAGAAACAAAGCUUGUAAGCCUAUGAACAAAUAAAUAACAUAUCUUUUACUA